AUGUAUUCUCCGUCCAACUUCAAGAUUGCCAUCAUCGGCGCUGGUCCAGCCGGGCUCACUCUAGCCUCCCUCCUGACCGCCAGCAAACACGCUUUCGAUUUUACCAUCUUCGAGCGCCGCGAACGACCGGACCCUGACGCUGUCAACCACCCCUCCGGCAACCUCGACCUCCAAGAAGAAUAUGGUCUGAAAGUAGUCAAAGCAUGCGGCCUGUAUGACCAGUUCCUGCGAAUUGACAGCGGAUGCACCGAACAAACAACCAUCGUCGACAAGACAGGCCACGUCUUCCUGGACCACCUGGGCGAAGGCCGCCCGGAGAUUUCGCGCAACGCCCUCGCCCAGCUCCUCCUCUCUGCGGUGCCCCACGAGCGCAUAAGAUGGAGCACCAGGGUGCUCUCCGUCGACGCAAAGAAACGUACGGUCUCAUUCCAGCGACACAACAUGCCCACGACCGACGAAGCCUUCAACCUCAUCGUCGGCGCCGACGGCGCCUGGUCCAAGGCCCGUGCCGCCAUCCCAGACGCUGUACACCCCAUCUACAGCGGCGUCUGCUCCGUGACCCUCGACCUGCCCCCCCUCUCCGAGAACCACCCGGACCUGCACAAGCUGCUAGGCGGCGGCACGUUCGCAGCGUGCAGCGACGGCAAGGUGCUGCUCUCGCAGCGCGGGAUCCAUGGGACGGCCCGGCUGUACCUGUUCCUGCACUCGACUACGCAGGCGGCGACGCGUGCGGUGCUCGCGCAGCAACAGAAGCAGGAGGGGCAGCAUAAUGAUCAGGCGGGCCCGAACCCGGUGCUCGACGCUGAUCAGCUGCUAGCUGAUCUGCCGACCAACCACGCAGACCUGCUACGGGUUCUCCUGUCCGACGAGGAUUUCUUCGCCGGCUGGUCUGAAGAACUCAGAAACCUUCUGACUGUCGCGUGCGAGGCUCAGCCGGCGGAUCUGCCCGUUGAUGCCCGCCCUCUGUACAUGCUCCCGCUGGAACCCUUCCCGCAUCCGCAUACGCCAGGCCUGGCUCUGGUGGGGGAUGCGGCGCACCUGAUGACCCCGUUCGCCGGGAAGGGGGUGAAUACGGCUAUGGCGGACAGUUUGGCGCUGGCGGAGCAGCUGGAGAAGUUGGCUGACAGUCAGACCGGGCUUGUGGAGGGAUUGGAGGAGGCACUGGUGGCGUUCGAGAAGGAUGUGCAUCCUCGGGGCCUGGCGGCGAUGAAGUUGACUUGGUUGAGUUUGUUGUUGUCGUAUGAUGAGAACGGCCCGGGCAAGUUGUGUCAGGUCAUGGCCGCGAAUCAUUAG